GUUAUUGCUCAACCGAAACACACAGACAGCCAGACAUUUGCUCAAAAAAGCGGGGAAACCCUCUUCUUCUCGCCUUUUUACGGCUUCAUUUUCCCUAACCCUCUUCUUCCUCCUCCAUGGCCUCCAAGGUAGUCCUGUCUGUCGCCGUGCUCUUUGACGUUACUGCAUUCGCCCUCGCCAUCGCCGCCGAGCAACGACGGAGCACGGCCACGGUGGUCCCUGACGACGAGAAGGAGUACACCUACUGCGCCUACGACUCCGACAUCGCGACUGGGCUUGGCGUCGGCGCCUUCCUCUGUUUGAUGGCCAGCCAGCUCCUCAUCGUGUCCGUCACCAGGUGCUACUUCUGCGGUCCCACGCUCAGAUGGGGGAAAUCUCGCUCUUGCGCUGUCUCCCUCUUUUUGUCCUCUUGGUUGACUUUUCUGGUGGCGGAGAUAUGCUUGCUCACCGGAUCGGUGCGGAACGCCUACCACACGGCUUUCCGGGGUCUCUUCUUUAUGAACGACCCAUCCUGCGAGGUGUUGCGGAAGGGUGUUUUCGCCUCCGGCGCCGCCUUCGCUUUCCUCACCACGAUCCUCGCCGUGUUCUACUACAUUUUGUACGACGGAUCCCGCUACGGGUACGCCGACGAGGAGGCGAUCGGCUGAACUCCUCUUUGAGCUUCAGAUUUCCUACACCCAUUGCUUUCUUCAUUUUUUUUAUUAAAACUUUUUUUCUUUUCAAAAGGCUAUGCACAUAAAGAUCGAUGUUUGCAUUUGUAAGAUAGCUGCCUAUGAUUAAAAUGUUGCCUUUUGUUUUGAUGAUGCCACUUUUCCUAUAGAAAUCUUUUAUA